UAAAACAGCCAUUGACUACUUUGAAGGUCAUCUAAAAAUUGCCCAAGAAGUGGGAGACAAAGCGGGAGAAGGACAAGCUUAUGGUAAUCUAGGCUGUGCUUAUGGAAGUCUGGCCAAUUUUGAAACAGCAAUUGACUACCAUAAACGUAGUCUAAAACUUGCCAAUGAAGUGGGAGACAAAGGUUCGGCUGCCGCAUCGUUUUAUAAUCUUGGCUGGAACUUUGAAGUACUGGAGUUUCUUCCCAAGGCUGUUGAUUGUUUUUAUUCCAGUGUGAGAAUGUUCAAUAUCAUAAGGCAUGAUCUCAAAGGCAAAGAUGAUUGGAAAAUCAGCUACCGCAAUAUGUAUGAAAUUGCAUACUCCAGCCUGUGGCGUCUGUUAUUAAAACAAGGCGAGGUAGAGAAGGCUCUUUUUGCUGCUGACCAAGGACGUGCACAAGCAAUGAAUGAUCUGAUGGAAUUAAACUAUGGGCUCGGAAUAACUUACUGCCAGUUACAAACUAGGAAAGAAAGUAAAUUCGACUCAUUCAGUUUUCUUCCAUCGACUGCUGUUUUUGUAGCAAUUGAUGAGCGAGAUAUUGUUUUCUGGAUCGUUGAAAACGGAAAAGAAGUGGAAUUAAGGAAAACGAAACUUGCUGAUGACUGUUCAGACUUCCUGAAGUGUUUACUUGAGGCUGCUUUUCAGGAAAUUGGCGUAAGAGCUGGUGUGAAAUGCGAGGAUCGCUCAUUGGACAAACUGGGAAAUGAGCAGGUUGCAAAUGGGAGGUCUCCACAGACACCACACAAGCCUGUCCCCCUCCACAUAAAUGCUUUAAGAAGAUUUCAUGAUGUUUUCAUUGACCCUAUUGCAGACUUGAUUCAUGGUAACGAAAUUAUAUUGGUUCCUGAAGGUCCAUUGUCGCUGGCUCCUUAUGCUGCAUUCGUGGACUCUAAUUCAAGGUAUUUAUCUGAUGUUUGUAGGAUGCGAGUGAUACCGUCCCUCACCAGUUUGAAACUGAUCAGUAAUUCUCCGACUGGUCACCACAGCAAGACGGGAGUUCUUCUAGUGGGUGACCCGUGGGUACAAGAAGUUGUUAUCCGAGGGAUAAUAUUGGAACAGCUGCCAUUCGCUAGAAAAGAAGUGCAGAUGAUUGGGAGAAUCUUUAACACCAAACCCCUCACUGGAAGAGAGGCAACAAAGAGAGAAGUGUUACGACGACUUCCCACAGUUGCUUUGAUACACAUUGCUGCACAUGGUCAAAUGGAAACAGGAGAAAUUGCCUUAGCACCCAACACUACACGAACAUCCCAGAUUCCUGCGGAUGAAGACUGCCUUUUAACAAUGAAAGAUGUAACAAGUGCUCAAAUUAGUGCAAGGCUGGUGGUGUUAAGUUGCUGUCAUAGUGGUCGUGGGGAGAUUAAAGCUGAGGGAGUUGUUGGCAUUGCACGAGCGUUUCUGGGUGCCGGAGCUCGUGCUGUCCUGGUUUCCCUGUGGGCGAUUGAAGACGAAGCCACUCUGGAGUUCAUGAAAAGUUUCUACUCGUACUUGGUAAAUGGGAUCAGUGCCAGUGAAUCAUUGAACAAAGCCAUGAAACAUAUGAGAGAAUCUGACGAGUUUAAUGAAGUGAAACACUGGGCUCCGUUUGUGUUGAUUGGAGAUGAUGUCACACUGGAAUGUGGUGGAAGCGAAUAAAUGUCCUUC